AUGUCCACCUUGAUAACGGAACUAUGUCGUCUCGGAGGUGUCAUCCAGUCCCGUACUACCCCAUAUCAUGCUAUGGGUAAUGGCAUGGUAGAACGGUUCAACCAAACCCUGUUGAAGAUGCUAGGGACACUGGACGAAGAUAAAAAGAGCAACUGGAAAGAUCACGUUGGACCAAUGGUUCAUGCAUAUAAUGCAACAAUACAUGACAGUACUGGUUAUUCACCGUACUAUCUGAUGUUUGGUCGCCACCCUAGACUGGCAAUGGAUUCUCUAAUUGGUUUGAACACCGACGACAUCCAUGCGAAGUUUACAAAUGAGUAUGCACGAAAACUUCGUGAACGCCUUAAAGACGCCUACAAGAAAGCCAAGGAUACAGCUACUAAGACAGCAGAGGUUAACAAACGUCUGUACGACCAAAAGGCACACGCAGCGAAAAUUGUACCAGGUGAUCUUGUAUUAGUACGAAACGUCACCGUGCGCGGAAAACACAAGAUCUGUUACAAAUGGGAAAACGAACCGUACCUUGUUGUGGAUAAUCUUAACCUGGACAUUCCUGUCUAUGACGUCCGGAGAGAUGAUCCACUAGCAAGACGUAUUUGCAGGCUCCAUCGCAACCUCCUGUUACCACUAGGACUGCCAAACGACAAAUCAACAAAGUCGGUUGGGAAGGAUAUCGUACCAAAGAACAAGAAGUAUGUUAUUCCUCAACGACGUGGAAUGGGAAGUCGAAUCGACGAUGUUGUUCCAUCGGACAUACAUCCGGUACCACGAAGGUCGGCGAGAAAUAGACGUGUGCCGAUGUGGCAAACAAGCGGACAAUACGAAAUGUGA